ACUGAAAGAAGGAGGUGGGUAUGUUCCUGCACCUUCUUCUCCAUUCACCAUAUCUUUCAUUAUUGAUCCAACCACCACUUGCUGAAGACUUACUUGGAGGCGGGUACUCUUUUAGGCCUUGGGGCAUAGAAGUGAGCACAAUAGACAAGGUCCCCGCUGGGUGGGGAGGUACAUAGAAAGACAAGAAGCAAGUAAACAAGAUAAGUAAAAUAAUUUCAGGCAGUGAUAUGUGCUAUGAAGAAAAUAUAAUAGGGUUUUGCCUUAGAGGGUGACAGGGCCAGGGUGAGGAAGGGGAAGGGAGUGGUGCUGCUUCUGACCAGAAGUCAGAGACAGUUUCUCUGAGGAGAUGACGUUUGGCCUGAGACUUGAGUGAUGAGAAGGAGCCAGCCAUGCAGUCAUUCAACCAAUCAAUAUCAACUGCCUACUGUGUGCCAGGCACUGUCACAGGAUCUGGAGACCACUGUUGUAAAUAAGAUAUCAGGAAAAAACCUCUCAAAUGAGGUAGUGUCUGAGUAGAGACAUGAAUGAAGUAAGGGAGCUAACUAAGUGAGGUAAGAAUGUCUGAGGCAGAGGGAAGCACAAGUGCAAAGGCACUGAGACAGGAGCUUCUAUCCUCAACCCCAAGGCUUCAAGGAGGGAGACAGGUGUGACUAAAAGGCAGUGGGCAAGGAAGAGAGUGACAGGAAAGGAAUUUGGAGAAGUAGCCAGAAGUCAGGUUUUGGGGGGAUGAAGGUAGGGACUUUGGAUUUUAACUUCAAUAUUAGGGGAUUCAUCUGAUCAAUCAUUUUGAACCAGGGGAGUAGGGUGAUCUGAUUUACAUUUCUAAAUGUAAUGUAACGGUUGCUGUGUGGAGGACUGAGUGUCCUCAGAAGGGGCCAGAGCAGAAGCAGGAGGUGAGAGCCCAGUUAGGAGGGCUUGCAGCAGGCCAGGAGCAAGAUGACAGUGGCUUGGAGUCUGGGUGGUCCUGAUGGAGGUGUAAGAAGUGGCCGCAUUCAGAGAAACAUUUGAAAGAAGAUCUGGAGGAAGGACGUUACAUGUGGAGGAAAUAGCACAUGCAAAAACCUUGAGGGGAGCAGAUCAUAGAAAUCUGGCUUUUCGAUUACAUUCAAUUUGCCUCUGUCCUUUUUAGCUUAACUGCUGUUUUUUUGUCCUAUAUUAGAGCUUCUCAAAGGACAGGAUUUAGAGGGCCCAGCAAUACUGCAUGCAGUUAGGUGUUUAAUUUUUGUUUUUGUUUCUGUUUUUAAAAAGGAGGGGAGUUGAAGAAGUGAAAAAACUGAAUAAGAAAAAAAAGAAUAGGAAAAAACAUCCUUUUCAGAUUUAUGACUCCCUUCCAAGCUCACAGACUCUUGUGAGAACCACAGCUGCUGGCCCGAGAGCAGAAGUACCUCCCUUCACUCCAUUCCCCAAUAGCGGAGAGAGUGGGAGGCUCUAGAAUCCAGAAUUCUUGUCCACGUCACUUGUUAAAUACGCCUCGUGCCCAGGCUCUACAGUUACAUCAGACUCUCUGGAGAUGGACCUGGUCCCUGGCUUUUUUGUUUGUUUGUUUGUUUUUCUUUUGCUUUGUUUUCAUUCCCCAGGUGAUUCUAAUGUGCAGACAGAGCUGAGAACCUCUGGGCUGUAGCAUACGGCAUCCUCUGCAAAAAGGGUUUGAAAGAAGUCACCCUCUCUGCUAAGGGAAGACAUAAUGACUAUUUGUCUGGUCUCUAGACACUGUCCUGACAGGAGACUGUUGAGCUGAUGUCUGAGAGAUUUUGUUUGUUCCUUUUAAAAUUUCAGAUCUUUCUUAGUGUCACAGCUGACCUGAACUGUGACCUCUUCUCUAAAGAGCAGAGGGAACACAUAACCACCAUCUGCCCCAACAUCAAAAAGAUGGAAGGGCACAAUGGAAUUGAGAAGGUGUGUGGUACCUUCGGAGAUAUUGAAAAAAUACAUCACUUCUUGAAUAAGCAACUCCGGGAAAGGGGGCAGAAACAUGAAUCUUCCUCUUUGACAACAGAGAAGGAGCCAGUCCAUCAGCACCAGAACGGCUGCCCUUAUUCCCCUGAACCAAAAAACAGGGCAGAAGAAAAAAGUGGCCAUUUUGAAAUUCCCUUGCCUUUCUUUGAAUACUUCCAAUUUAUCUAUCCUGAUAAAAUGGACUCAAUACAGAACAGAUUUGGUGUAAAAAUAAUAAUCCAGCAGAGUUCGAACAUAGUCUAUUUAGACUUCACCUCGAAUCAACCAGGUGACCUCAGAGCAGCUCAGGAGUUUUUUGUCAGUGAAUUUCAGAAAACUGUAGGACUUCUGGAGCAACAAUGUGUUGUUUUCGCAGACAGUAAGCAGGCAAAUAAAAUCAAACAGGAAUUGAAUCAUCGGUUUACAAAGCUCCUUAUAAAAGAAAAAGGAGGAGAAUUAACUCUCCUUGGGACCCAAGAUGACAUUUCAGCUGCCAGAUAUUUUUUUGCUCUGAAAGACUCUGAAAGUCCUGUCAUGGGACCUGUGAAAAUAUCAACGCCCAGAUGCAUGAUGAAUGGAAUUGAAGUUGAUACUUUUCAGUAUAAGCUUUUAGAAGCUGAAAUACUCCAGGAGAUACCAAAGAUAGAAAAAAAGUAUGACACUCAAUGUAAGGUUUCAGGAAACACUGAGAAAACCUGCAUCCUAUUUGAACCUAAGGACAAGGAAUUAGAUCUGUCUGCCCAUGCUUAUGCAAGUUUCAUUGAUGUCUAUCAACAUGUGUCAUGUCAAGUGAUGAGAGAAGUUCUUUCCCUGAAACCUUUGGGCAAAGAGAGAAUGCACUUACAUGGGACCAAGUUUGCUGAUGGCUUUAGGAAAAAGCAUCCUAAUGUACACUUUGUACUGAAUCAAGAGUCAAUGACUUUGAUUGGAUUGCCAGAUCACCUUGCAAAGGCAAAGCAGUAUAUCUUUAAAAAAGUGGGGAUGUCCCCAUUAGCUGGAGACAAAUGGAAUGAGGACCACGAAACAUCCAUGGACAUUGACAGUAAUGAUUCAAAAACAGCUUCACCCACAUUCCAGCACUCUGCCGGUUCUGGGGCAUCAGGCAUGGACAAGGAAGAGGACGUAUGUAGCAUCUGCAUGGACAUGAUUAGUAACAAAGAAGUGCUACCCAAGUGCAAGCACGCAUUCUGCUCCCCUUGUAUCAACAAAGCCAUGUCCUAUAAACCGGUCUGUCCUGUGUGCCAGACUUCCUAUGGUAUCCAGAAAGGCAAUCAGCCAGAGGGAACCAUGACUGUCACUGUCCUAGAAGACUCACUUCCAGGUUAUGAAUCCUGUGGCUCCAUUGUGAUUAAUUAUAACAUGAAAGGAGGCAUUCAAACAGAAAAGCACCCAAACCCAGGAAAGGCAUACUCUGGAGUACAACGAACAGCAUACCUGCCCAAUAAUGAGGAAGGAAUCGAAGUUUUGAGACUGCUUCGUAGGGCCUUUAACCAAAAGCUGAUUUUUACGGUGGGGGAGUCUCGAGUAUUAGGAAUCUCAGAUGUCAUUACAUGGAAUGACAUCCACCACAAAACAUCCCGUUUUGGGGGCCCGCAAAAGUUUGGCUACCCUGAUCCUGGUUAUUUGAAACGUGUUAAACAAGAGCUGAAAGAUAAAGGAAUUGAGUAAGAAAACUGCUGGAAGGAUGUCUUGAGCCAAGCUUUCAAAAGACACAGUUGAAGAAACAUCUUUAAAUUUUUUUCACCUCAAGAAGUGGUCUGUUUAGAAGUAAGAAUCUACUAGUCUGUCAUUUCUGGAGUGUUACUUUUUAUGGAAGAUAAAAGUUCCAGGGGUGCCUGGGCGGCUCAGUUGGUUGAGCAUCCAACUUCUGCUCAGGUUGUGAUCUCACAGUUCAUGAGCUCCAGCCCCACACUGGGCUCUCUGUUGUCAGCAUGGAGCCCACUUCAGAUCCUCUCCGCCCCACCCCCGUCCCUCCCCUGUACUUUCUUUCUCUCUCAAAAAUAAACAUUAAAAAAAUUAAAAAUUAAAGAAAGCUCCAAAAUCAAUGUGAUUUUGCUGCAGA